GGUGUGGGUCGGUCGGUGGGGGGUGCGCUGCUGCUGUUGUGGCUUCUUCUUCGGGGGUCUUUGUAGGCUGUCCUUGUGCCAUCUCGUUCUCUUGUGGAGUCUGCUAUAUAAGCCUCAUUGCUGGAGCUCUUGCUUCCUUUUUUUUUAGUACUUUUCCACAAAAUAAAGUAGAAGCAGGCAGAGGACGCGAGGACACGUUCCACAGGUCUUUGGAACGCGCUUGGUGUUGUGCAGGUUUAUAGGGAGCUGUCGCGUUCGUGUGCGGUUAUGCAGAACUAAUGGAUGCAUCUUGUGCUGUGGUGGUUGUUAAAAGCCUGCCUACCUCUGUGUUGUUUCAGUGCCUGUAGUUUGGCUUUGCGUGCUGGAUAAUCUACGAAAUAAAAGGACUGAUAAGUACAAGCUAAAAGAUGCAGUCUAAAUAAUGUUUUUGAGGUGAGAUUUAGGGCAGCGUGACUGCUUGCAUAAGGCUGACCCUUGGGGAGCGAUCUGCAUAUUGCCAAGUUUCAAGUAGGCCAAGUGGUGCCUUUAAAAGUCUCGGUGAAGGGUAAAGUAACAUACCCUCACACAUGAAUGCUAUGUUCUCUUUGUUGCUGUUGUAUUUCUUUGUGGUUGCUCUAUUGAAUAUGUUUGGAGUUUUUUUGUUUUUUUGGAGCACCAUAACGCUGUGCUUGCAAUGGUGCGAUGAAUGAAGUGGUGAAUAGUAAAUAAGAAUUAUGUAUGGAAUGUUGCUGUGUUAAUGCUGCCAAAGAAUAAAUUCCGUACCAUGUUGAUGUUGUCUUUCAGGUGUUUGAUAUUUGGCUCGCAAUAGCAAGGUACUUUGCCAGGGAAAGGCAAAUCCAUCCUGCCGAGCUCAAGGGGAAUGGCAACCUUAAUUGUGUGAGAAGGGAACACUGGGUUAUUUAAAACCAUAUUAGGGUACUUAGAAGCAUAGCUGAGCAUGAGCUCCCCAAUUUAAAACAGUAGUUUUCUUUUUUCUUUAGCUUCUCAGGAAAAUAACUGCUUUAUCACUGUUGUUUGUGGGAGUUUGAGCUGAUCUGUGGCCAGCAAAGGUCACCUUCAGAGUUCCUGGGGGAAAAAAAAAACCAAAACACAGCAGAAUCUUGAGCUGGCAGUGUGUAAAUGAUGAGAGGAACAGGGAAUCUUUGGUACAAAAGUCUGUUCUAGAAGCUAGAUAACGUGUAAAUAUGGAGCUCUAGAACAGAUAAGAAUUUGUCAUCUAAUAGACUUAAAGCAUGGUGAUAAAUGCGCAGCUCUUAGAAAGUAUGUGUAAAAACAUACCUCAGGUUCUGCUAUGGAGCUGGUACUCAGCAUGCUUUCAGGUCUGCAGAAAGGGAUAAGCUUGACUGGGAGGAAUAAAGAGAUUGCAGAGGAAAAAAUCUAGCAGUUAUGAGGAAAUGAGUAUGUGGCAACGAGUAAAACCAAAUGGUGGCAAAUGAAAAGUAGUUGCACCAAAAGAAAGCAAAACAAACAGUAAUGCAGAACCAUAAGCUUUACUUUAAUAGUGAAAUAGGAGAAAAGGCCUUGGUGAUAGGAACCUGAGCCUUGCCACAGCAAGAGAUGGUACAGCAUGAAGUGGUCCAGCCCGGGCAAGGAAGACCCCACUUCUUUCACUGCCAGAUGUCACAGGAUGUAUUUUGCAUGGAGCAUUUGCCUCUCUGCUAACCCAGGCUGAGGGCUGCCACCUAAUUAAAUAAUCUUCUGUCCUGACCCUUCAAAGGCUGUAAGCAGCUUUUCCCAGCAAAGCAGGAACUGAUUAAACAACAGAGAUUGGCCUCCACACAGGAUAUUGAUGAGCUAUUAAUUUUGCAGUGCCAUCAUGUGUGUGAAAUGAAAUAAGUUGUUAGAGCUUUCAAGGAAAAUGUGGUGCAGCACAAUCAGAUAUAUCCAUGCAAAUGAAUGUUCAAGGCCCUCUUAGCUGAGGACACGGGACUAUGCUGACGGUAGCAUGUUUAAUACCUGGAAGCCAAUGUGGGUUGUGCUCUUAGAAGAUGGAAUUGAAUUCUACAAGCGGAAGUCUGACAACAGCCCCAAAGGGAUGAUCCCACUAAAAGGAAGCACCAUCAACAGCCCAUGCCAAGACUUUGGCAAAAGAAUGUUUGUCUUCAAACUCACUGCAGCCAAGCAGCAAGACCACUUUUUUCAAGCCUCCUACCUGGAAGAGAGAGAUGCUUGGGUACGGGAUGUCAAAAAGGCAAUUCAGUGCAUAGAUGGAGGUCAAAGAUUUGCCAGAAAAUCCACAAGAAAAUCCAUCAGACUGCCUGAAACAAUCAACUUGAGUGCUUUGUACCUCUCAAUGAAAGAUCCUGAAAAGGGAAUAAAGGAAUUGAAGCUGGAAAAAGAUAAAAAAGUGUUCAAUCACUGCUUUACAGGCACUGCUGUGAUUGACUGGCUGGUGUCUAGCAACUCCAUCCGAAAUCGCAAAGAAGGCCUCAUGCUUGCCUCCUCUCUCUUGAAUGAAGGCUACCUACAGCCUGCAGGAGAUACAUCCAAGGCUGCAGCUGAGGGACUGUCAGAUACCCCUUUCCUGGAUCUUAGUGAUGCCUAUUACUACUUUCCUGACAGUGGAUUUUUCUGUGAGGGGAAUUCUAGUGAUGAUGAUGUGGUCCUGAAAGAAGAAUUCAGAGGCAUGAUAGUCAAACAAGGAUGUUUGCUAAAACAGGGGCAUCGGAGGAAAAACUGGAAAGUGAGAAAGUUUGUUUUAAGAGAGGACCCUGCAUAUCUUCACUACUAUGAUCCUGCUGGAGGAGAAGAUCCACUAGGAGCAAUCCACUUGAGGGGCUGCGUGGUGACUGCAGUGGAAGAUAUGCCAGACUCCAAGAAGCAUGACGUUGAAAACAACCUGUUUGAAAUAAUCACAGCAAGUGAAGUCCACUAUUACUUGCAAGCAGCUUCAUCUGCAGAGCGUACAGAGUGGAUCAAAGCAAUUCAGACAGUUGCUAGGACUGGGAAGUGAAGAUGAUCCACCAGCAAUAAGGACAACUGAAACUGAUUGCUCAAAACAAAACAGGAAUUUUAGCUUUUCACUGAGAUAAAGUCAUGUCAACCAGAAAAACCUCCUAAGGCUUGUGGGUUGGGAGGGGGGAAUAAGUUUCAGUUCUGUAGUGGGCACAACCACAACACAAGUGGAAAGUAUCUUACUAAAUUAUAGCAUAGAAUGUUACGUUAGUGUGUGCUUCUUGUAGUAUUCAGUAUGCCUUGGGAAGGUUAUACCUUAUGCCUUUCCCUGCUGCCACUGCUGAUAGCGAGGAUUUCACCAUUAAGAGUGGACAGGAUCUUGUUGCUGUCUGUACACAAGGAAAAGCCAGUAUGACUCAGCCUUUACUGUUUGAUUAUCCUCUAAUAACUCAAGGGAUUCCCAAGACAAACUUUACCCUUUCUUCUUUACUAGCCCAUCUUUCUGCUGCCGUGUUCAGCUAUCCAAGUAAUGCAAUAGAGCUAAGGAAAUAAAUAUUUUUUGGAAAUGUGAUCCACACCUUUAUAAUCCUUCAGUGUCAAGGAAAGGAAGAGUACAGACAACUGUGGUAGCACUAUGCAGAAAGCAUAGUGUACAAAUGUACAAAUCAAUGACAGCUGUAUGAGUAUCCAUGCAGGAAAAUUCUUUGCCCGUGAUUCUUCCGAAGCAAUCUCAGUUUUUCUGUACCAACUUAAUUUUGACCUUCACUAUAUUUCUCCAGAAGAAUCUGCUCCAGGAUCAUUGUUUUGCUUCAUUUAGAUGCCAGUGCAGCUGCUGGAGUGUUGUGCACUGCUGAUUUGACCUGUAUUUGAAUUAAGAAUCUUUCAGGAAGAGGAAAAGGAUCCAUAUGUUGAUACUUGAAUUCCCAGCUGAGGUGCUGUUGAUUAGGGUCUGUCUUAACCUACAGAAAUGUACUCAAUGCUUGGCUCUGUGCUUUAAGUCAUAUUAGAGGAGCCUUAUUAGUUCUGCAAUAAGUGUUGUUUGAUGGUGUCAAGUUGCCUGAUCAAUCUUUGGUUUUUUUUGUCAUACUUACGCCUCCAACCUUCAAGUCUUCAAACUUUAACUGGAGGUCAUCAUAUGACAUUCUGCACGUAGCCUUUUCUUAAAAAAAGAACUUAAAAAGAAACUUAAAAAGAUAAAUUAGAUUUCUUAUCCUUAAGAACUCUUAUUCAGGUUUCUUGAAACUAAGAAAUAAAUAUGGUUCUAAAGCUUA